AAGAGCCGAGACCGAAACACUAAUAUCAACUUCCAGAACCUUCUGGGACGAUUCGUCGUCGUUUGAGUUGGCUGAGGAAUCUCACAUGGAAACCAAGAAGAAGAAGAAACUAAGCAAUGGGAAGAUGGUGAAGAGACUGAGAAGCUUGGGGUCAAAGAAACACAGAGGAGAUCCGCCGUGGAGGGCGGAAGGGAAGGUGAGGGAGAGCGUAGCGGUGGUGAAGAAAUCGGAGGAUCCUUACGAGGACUUCAAGAGGUCGAUGAUGGAAAUGAUAGUGGAGAAGCAGAUGUUCCAAGUGGAGGAAUUGGAGCAGCUGUUGCAGUUCUUUCUUUCGUUGAAUUCCAGGGAAUUUCAUGGAAUCAUUGUGCAGGCCUUCACCGAGAUUUGGGAAGCUUUGUUUUGUGACCAAUAAAUAGCUU